CCCGCCGGGCGGCGGCGGCGGCGGCGGCGCUGAGCCGGGACGCGGCUCCGCGCUCCGCACCCCGCGGAGCGGCCCGGCUCAGCCCAGCCCAGCCCAGCCCGGGAGCCAUGCCGCUGCCGUGCCGGGGCUGGACGCUGGCGCUGCUCACGCUGCUGGUGGGGUUCCUCAUCUUCGCCGAUAUCUCUGAGAUCGAGGAGGAGAGCGGGAGUUCUGGAGGCAGAGGUACAAUCAGAUCAGCUGUGAACAGCUUACAUAGCAAAUCUAAUAGAGCUGAAGUAGUAAUAAAUGACUCUUCGUCUCCAGCUGUUGUUGACAGAAGUAAUGAAAGCAUUAAGCACAACAUUAAACCAGCCUCAUCCAAAUGGAGACACAACCAGACACUCUCUUUGAAGAUCAGGAAACAGAUCUUGAAGUUCUUAGAUGCAGAGAAGGACAUUUCGGUGCUGAAGGGGACGCUGAAGCCGGGCGACAUCAUCCACUACGUGUUUGACAGGGACAGCACCAUGAACGUCUCGCAGAACCUGUACGAGCUGCUGCCCCGCACCUCGCCCCUCAAGGGCAAGCAGUUCCCCACCUGCGCCAUCGUGGGCAACUCAGGGGUCCUGCUCAGCAGCCGCUGUGGGCCCGAGAUUGAUGCGCACAGCUUCGUGAUAAGGUGCAAUCUGGCCCCUGUCCAGGAGUACUCACAGGACGUGGGCAUGAAGACAGACCUGGUGACUAUGAACCCCUCGGUCAUCCAACGCGCCUUCGAGGACCUGGUGAAUGAGACUUGGAGGGAGAAGCUGCUCCAACGCCUCCACAGCCUCAACGGCAGCAUCCUCUGGAUCCCGGCGUUCAUGGCUAAGGGGGGCAAGGAGCGAGUGGAGUGGGUGAACGAGCUCAUCCUGAAGCAUCACAUCAACGUCAGGACUGCCUACCCCUCGCUGCGCCUGCUGCACGCUGUCCGAGGGUACUGGCUAACCAACAAGGUGCAUAUCAAGCGACCCACCACCGGCCUCCUCAUGUACACCUUAGCCACUCGCUUCUGCAACCAGAUCUAUCUCUAUGGCUUCUGGCCCUUCCCCCUGGACCAGAACCAGAACCCUGUCAAGUACCACUACUACGACAGCCUGAAGUACGGCUACACCUCGCAGGCCAGCCCGCACACCAUGCCCUUGGAGUUCAAAGCCUUAAAGACGCUGCACCAGCAGGGAGCCUUGAAGCUGACUGUGGGGGAGUGUGAUGGGGCCACGUAGGGUGGUCCCCGGCCACGUUCCUGCACAGCCAUGGGAAGAAGGGGAGGGGGCAGAAAGGACAAGUGGUGCCUGGUGGGGUUGGUUGUCUUUGUCAAUGCGCAGAACAGCGACACAAAUAUAUAUACGUGGUACCUAUAUAUAUUGACCUGAGUAUUAUAACUGUUUGGUGUUCACCAAGGAAGGGGCAGGAGAGAUGCUGGAGCAUCUGGCUUGACUGGCCUGGGUGAGACCCCUUGCCAUGGGCUUGCUGGGCUCGCCCUACGUCCGAAAGGUGUGAAGGUGGCCUUGGUUUUUGAGGGUAUGUUAGGUGAUGGGUAAACGUUAAGCCGUUUGUCGUGACUGGUCCAAGGUUGGUAGUUAGUUUGUUUGGCCAAGGAUGCCGGCGCUAUGCAGCAAGGCGCGUUCUUGGCCCCGUGCUUGUGGCGGGGAGGGGAAGGGGCAGGGAGCGGGGUGGGCAGGGAAGGUUUGUUGGUGGCUCUCAAAGCCAAGGGACUGCCCAUGGAACCAAGCAGGAGCUGUAUCCUGCCCAGCAGGGAUCAUGUCUGGCAGCGGUGCACAGUUCCAUCCAAAACAUGGACCACCAGGCUGAGCACAGCCUCCAGAGAGGUGAGGGUGAAGCCUCCAGGGCUGCAGCUUGAUCUUCAGGAGGUGGUGGGGAACAGUGCUAAGCUGAUCCUAGUGAUAUUUGCUCAGAGAGGAGAUGUGAGGGCCUCUGGAGAACGGGCACAUUGGCAUUGAGCAAGGCAGAUGGCGACAAGGAUGCUGAGCACGUAUUUUCCUCUUCCUUUCCUAAGGAGUAAUUUAGAAAGGAGCCAAGAUGCUGGAACCUGGCAGAGAGGAGGUUCGCUGCUGCAAACUGGCACCAUUAGUAUUAAGUGUCUUACUGUGCCACAGUCGAAGACACUCAACAUCUGUCAGGGCUCGUGAAAACCAUAAGUGCAUCUAGCUCUUAAUUCCCAAAUGCUACCUGCUAAGCAUCCUGCCUUCUCUGCCGCUCCGGAAACAACCACUGAAGUAUUGGUGAUAGGCCUGAGACCCAGCCAAGCAGAAAGACCACCGGACUUCAAGAGACUUUGUCAACUCUAAAUACUUUAUUCUCUUUCCCCACCAAGAACCAGCACACAGCGCUGCACUCCCGAAGUCCUGCUCUGACCUUUCUGUCAAGCUUUGAUUAGCUCUUACUCUGAACAGUUAAAUCAGAUGUCAGAUGGACCUUGGUGGGAUGCUUGCCUAGUGAUGCAUGUCAAGGAAAUAAUCUUUUCCCAUUAUAAAGGAAUAUAUUCCAAAUAUAUAUCAGAAUAUAUAUAUUUGGAAUAUAUAUUCCAAAAUAUAAAGGAGCUUUUAUAACCACAUUUGCUUUUUGCUAGGUUUGGAGGGUUUUUGGAGAAGUAACUAGAUUGAUCUGAUUAGCCUGUUUAAUUUUCUGCUUCUGUAGCCCGCUCUAUUUAUCUCCUAAUUAGCACUCAGUGCCAGGAUGCAGGUGAGUCCAGGGUUCAGUGAAUGCAGUUUGGGUUUAAUGUGCAGGAGAAUAAAUAACACUACACAGGCAAGCCUCAGAUGCAUGCUGCGGUGCUUUCCUGGCUGGGUACCACCACCUUUGUGCCUCCUCCUCCAGCUGUGUUUUGUAGGUUAAAAAGCAUACAGUUUGGGGCUGAAAUACUUGACAUUGCCUCUUUAAAAAACGGAGUGCUUCAAGUGGUAAAAGGAAGAGCUCACUUUCAUGUUUUGGGAUGUAGAAGCUACUGUACCCGUAGGAGCCUCCAGCCUGCUAAUUAGUGUCAGAUGAAGAUGCCUAAGAUUAAGGUAUAAGCAACAUUAUAGUGGAUAAAUGUGGGCUAAUCUGCCACCGAGGGGAUGUUUCUUUCCAACUCCAGAAAGUGAUUUCUUUUAUGUAUUUUCCUAAAACCUGGCACUUUUUUAAGUAUCUUUUUUGCUUGAGUUUCAUUACAUGAUAAAGCUCAACCCGGCUGUGAACCUCAGCAUAAGCUGUAGGGGUGUCCUGAGACAGAAGGAGACAGAGUAAAACUGCAAGGUGGAAGUAGUUCUGCAAUCCCAAGGAGCUUCCCAUGAUUCGGGAGUGGUUGUUAAAGCUGGAUAAUUCCCUGGUUUGUCCCUUGCACAGAGGAGGGACUGCUAAAGCCAACUGUUGUAUUGAGGGGCCUGGGCACGGUACUGAUUGCUGUUAGCAAACCUUCUUUUUAAAUAAAAAUACAAGAAAUGAAAUAAAA